AUGCAUCCUCUCGCUUUCUUCUUUGUAGGAUAUCUCAUACUCUUUAUAACCGCCAAUUUGCAUUCUCUCUACGAUACAUGGACCUCUUCAACCCUCUACUGCGUCCGCGAACCAUAUACCAUCACUAGUCUUUCUUCUGAUACUCCCAAUCCGAGAUGUUUCCGCGUUAGAAUCGAUGUGAUAACGGAAAUUCUUGAAAGAGUACCAAGCGCAGAAGAAGGCGAAAAAAUUGUUUGGUUGAAUGGAUAUGUGUUGCCUGGGAUUAUUGAAUCGCAUGGGCAUAUUUUGCAGUAUGGAGAAAUGCUCGAGAGUGUGAGCUUGUAUGAGGCGGAAAGUGUGGAUGAUGUGAAGAGCAGGAUUAAAGAGUGGUUGGGAAGACACGAAGGAGAAGGUUAUGGAGGCAGGGAGAAAUGGAUUAGGGGGGUGGGAUGGGAUCAAGCUCAUUUUGGAGGCGUGAUGCCGACAGCUAAACAACUUGCUGAAGACCCAGAGCUGAAGGAUUUGUAUAUCAUGCUCGAUAGGGUUGAUAUACAUUGUGUGUGGACUUCAGAAAAGGUCCUCUCCCUUCUUCCUGAUCCUCUACCUGAAUCGCCUCCGGGUGGCGAAAUUAUCACGAAUCCUGGACCUGGGGUCUUUUGCGAUAAUGCAAUGGAUAACUACAUCUAUCCUCUCGCACCCAAGCCAGGCGCGUCUCAAAAAGUACGCUGGCUUAAAACCGCAAUGGAGGAGUUGAAUAAAGUAGGUAUUACGGCUAUGAGCGACGCUGGUAUGCGUAUGGAAGAUGUGAAAAUAUUGCAAGAAUUGGCUAGGAGAGAUGAAUUGACGGUUAGAAUUCGUGUGAUGGCUGAGUGUGAUGAGAGAAAUACUUUUUGUCAUCAAGAGUUGCGAACGGUGAAAGUGAUAAGAGAUGGAUCUGGUGGAGGUGAUAUGCUAUUGUUUGGAGGAAUCAAACUCUUUGCGGAUGGAGCUUUAGGCUCCUGGGGUGCGGCAUUGUUGGAACCAUAUUCAGAUAAACCUGAGACUAGUGGAAUGAUGUUGAUCAACGAGACUGAAUUAACGGAAGUUGUUAAGAAGUUCUUCGAAUGGGACUACCAAAUCAAUAUUCAUGCUAUCGGCGAUCGAGCUAAUAGAGCUGCUAUAAAUGCAUUUGAAGCGGUCUUGGGAUCUGAUUGCCAUGGUUGCAACCAAGAAAAGAGGUUAAGGAUUGAGCAUGCUCAAAUUAUACAUCCUGACGACCAGAUACGCAUUGAAAAUAUGGGAAUUCUUCCCAGCAUUCAGCCAACACACGCUACAUCUGACAUGGCCUAUGCAUCAUCCCGUCUCGGAGAGGAACGACUUUCCGAUUUCGCUUAUCGUAUGCGAUCGUUCUUCCCUCCUGCUCAUAACAACACAUCAACAUAUCCUGGGCCAGUCCUUGGUUCUGAUUUUCCAGUCGAACCGCCGAAUCCUUUUCAUGGUAUCUAUGCCGCAGUAACUCGUCUCAAUCCUAAAACUGGGACUUCACCCUCUGGAAAAGAAGGUUGGUAUCCGGAAGAAAGUCUUAGUAUUGAACAGGCAAUUCAUGGUUUUACGCGCAACGCGGCUUGGGGUUGGAAAUUGGAAAAUAAAAUGGGGGCCAUUGAGAUUGGAAAGUGGGCAGAUUGGAUUGUGGUCGAUAGGGAUGUGAUGGGGAUGGAAGGUCAAGAGGUGGAGGGAUUGAGAAGCUUGAAUGUGUUGGGGACGUGGGUUAAGGGGAAAAAUGUUUGGGCAAUGGAGGAGAAAGAAGUUAUGGAACUUGAUCAGCUUUAUCAGAAGGGUGAUAGGGUCUGGAUUGGUUUGGCAAGGUUGGCGAGGAGUUUGACGAGAGGGUUUAGGGAAAUGUUGGUUUGGGGGAGGAAAUUAGAACUUUAG